AUGGAGGGGUUUGUGUAUUCACCCCUAAACACGUUUACUUACAACAACACGAAAUCAAGGCAGCCGAAUUGGAGUCGGAAGAGUUACUCACAUGGGACAGUAGACGCGGUUGAAUAUUUGGAUAACUACAAGAGGGCACAGCUGAGAGCGAUUCUCUCCCAAGUGAACCCUAACUUGACCCCGCGCCUGAGAAAAGCAAAUACCAAAGAGAUCGGGGUCCAAGUGAACCCGAAAGUAGAUGCCUCUGUGCAGUGUUCCUUAGGGCCCAGGACAUUAAAUCGCCAGAAGCGGCGAGCUGCUUCUGAAGGAGCAGCGGCGAGGAGCCGCUCACCGUCCCCUGGAGGAGCCGCAGAGCCCGACAGUGACCCGGAGUCUGAUGGAGUCUCAUCACGUUCUCCGACUGUUGUGCGGUUCUCCCGGCCAAUUGCCACCUAUUCGCUGGCACUUGAUCGGGGCCUGGGGGAGAAAGCCGAAGGCCAGGGGAACACCGAGGAAGACAAGAGUCUCCUGGAAGACUGGGAGAAUGAUGCAACUCAACAACAGGAACAAGCGGGAGCCCCCCUUUCUGAGCGGGCAAACCUGGACAAAGCUGAGCUAAAGGAAGAAGACCGAGACAAAUCUGAGCAAGAGAACAAGCAGGAAACAAAGUCGGGCGAAGGUAGCCAGAAGUUCAGAUUUCAGUUUCUGGAACAGAAAUAUGGGUACUAUCACUGCAAAGACUGCAAUAUCCGAUGGGAAAGUGCUUAUGUUUGGUGCAUUUCUGGAACCAACAAGGUUUACUUCAAGCAAUUUUGUCGCAAGUGUGAUAAGGGGUACAAUCCCUACAGGGUGGAAGCUAUUCUGUGCCAGACUUGCUUCAAAACCCGCUGCACUUGUGCCCAGAAGAAGCGUCACAUCGACCCAAAGAGACCCCACCGCCAAGAGUUGUGUGGCCGUUGUCGAGGCAAGAGAAUAUCCUGUGACAAUACAUUUAGUUUCAAAUAUAUUGUCUGA